AUGGCAGGUGGUACCAUUGGCACCAAUGGGUCCGGGAAAGAAUAUCCUGGAAAACUCACUCCUCGAGUUGUCUUUGUUUGCGUUAUUGCUGCUUUCGGAGGUUUAAUUUUUGGCUAUGACCUUGGCAUCUCAGGUGGUGUUACAUCGAUGGAUCCUUUUUUACAAAAAUUCUUUCCAAGUGUUUAUGAAAAGGAGGCCAAUAUAAGACCAUCUGACAACCAGUACUGCAAAUUCGACAGCCAAACGUUAACAUUAUUCACAUCCUCUUUGUACGUGGCUGCUCUUAUCGCAUCUCUUGGGGCGUCGUGGCUAACUCGAGUGCUUGGAAGACGUAUCACCAUGCUUUCUGGUGGUGUUCUUUUUCUUGCUGGUGCUGCCAUGAAUGGCUUUGCUCAAGAGGUUUGGAUGCUCAUUGUUGGUCGUAUGUUACUUGGAUUCGGUAUUGGAUGUGCUAAUCAGAGUGUGCCAAUUUAUGUUUCUGAGGUGGCUCCGUAUAAGUAUAGAGGAGCUCUUAACAUGAUGUUCCAAUUGGCAAUCACAAUAGGCAUCUUUGUGGCCAAUAUUCUCAACUAUGUGUUUUCUAAAAUGAAAAACGGUGAAGGAUGGCGUUACAGUUUGGGUUUGGCUGCCGUCCCUGCAAUAAUGAUUAUCACAGGUGCAAUCUUUCUUCCCGACACGCCAAGUUCUUUGAUCGAGCGCGGUCAAAAUGAUAAAGCCAAAAAAGAAUUGAUAAGUAUCCGUGGAACAACCGAUGUGGACGAGGAGUUUCAAGAUUUGGUUGCAGCUAGUGAUAUUUCAAAAACUGUGGAACAUCCUUGGGCCUCUUUGUUGACGAGACCGUAUAGACCUCAUCUCACAAUGGCAAUAGCCAUUCCGUUCUUUCAGCAACUCACCGGCAUGAAUGUGAUUACAUUCUAUGCUCCUGUUUUGUUCAAGACUAUUGGGUUUAGCAGCAACGCUUCUCUCAUGUCAGCCCUGAUUACCGGAGGAUGUAACGCACUUGCCACUUUCGUAUCAAUCGCCACUGUUGAUAAAUUUGGAAGAAGAACUCUUUUCAUAGAAGGCGGUAUUCAAAUGUUUAUUUGUCAGAUUGUUAUAGCUAUAUUUAUUGCGCUUAAAUUUGGAGUAAGUGGUGACCCAGGCGUUUUGCCAAAGUGGUAUGCAAUUGUUGUUGUUAUGUGCAUUUGUGUGUACGUAGCAGGAUUUGCAUGGUCUUGGGGUCCUCUAGGUUGGUUGGUGCCAAGUGAAAUAUUCCCACUCGAAGUUCGUUCUGCGGCUCAAAGUAUCAAUGUCUCUGUUAACAUGAUUUGCACCUUUAUCAUUGCUCAAAUUUUCACUACAAUGCUUUGUCACAUGAAGUUUGGAUUAUUUAUCUUCUUCGCCUUUUUCGUUGUUGUGAUGACUGGAUUUAUUUACAAGUUUUUGCCAGAGACGAAGGGAGUUCCAAUCGAAGAAAUGUCAACCGUAUGGGAGAAACAUCCUUAUUGGAGUGAUUUUGUUAAAGCGAAACCCAAACCCAAUGAUCAAGAGUUAGGGCAGCGUUAG